AUGAAUUUCCAAGUUCAGAAUUCUAUCCUUGCAAAAUUGAUUAAGCUUGCAAAAUUCUAUCCUAAUGAAUUUCCAAGUUCAGAAUUGAUAGUCUUUGGUCAUACACUUGAGAGUUACAUUUGUUCUGUUAGAGGAGAUAACAGGUUUUGGAAUUUGAAGGGUCUUAGUGAGCUUUCAAUCAAAUUGGUUGAAACGGGAUUGUCUGAAACUCAUGAUAGGGUCUAUUUACUUUUGAAGUUGGUGUUGCUUCUUCCUGUCGCAACGGCAAGUGUGGAAAGGAGGAAGUUUACUGCGCAGAAGACCUGGGAUCGUCUCGCAGACAUCUUCCAAGACAACAAAAGCACAAGGGCGGUGUUUCUUGAAACCCAAUUGAAUGCAAUCCACCCGGAUUCAUUCUCGAAUGUCAUCGUCUACUGCCAGCAACUAGAAAGCAUAGCCGAUCAGCUUGCGAAUGUCGAUCAACCAAUUUCUGACCAAAAAUUGGUGCUUUAUAUGGUUGUCGGCCUCAAUAAAAUCGACUAUGAUACGGUUGCAACGAUGACUGCGCAGUCCGACCCCUUGCCCCCUUUUAACAACGCACGUUCCCGUCUUUUUUUAGAGGAAACUUGUCGGAACAAUGACACUUCCACUCUGCCAUCUUCAUUUGUCGCUCAACAGCAGCAAUCCAAUGCUGCCGAUUUGACGCAAAAACAGCAACCGCCUACCGGCGGUGGGCGCGGCGGCGGUGCAGGGCGUGGCAAGGGCGGGGGGAAAGGUAGCCGUGGUAGAGGUCGUGGGCAACGCCGUGGUGGCCAAAGCAGUGGCACUUAA